AUGGCCGCAUCAAAGAACGUCGUGUUCGACGUCGUCGGCACCCUCGUCUCGUACGAGCACCUGUUUGAGGCCAUCGACGAGCGCCUGGGCGAGCGCCUCAAGGCCCGGGGCAUCCAGCCGAAGCUCCUCGGCUGCUGCUGGCUCGAGGUCGCCGAGCGCGAGUACACCUACCUUUCCAUGUCCGGCCGCUACGUCGUCUUCUUCAAGGUCUUCCAGUCGCUCUUCUACCGCUGUCUGCACUACGCCGGCAUCGAGAAGCCGCGCGAAUUCUGCACCGACGACGACGUCAACUACCUGAUUGACGAGUGGAAGAAGCUGCGCCUGCGCGAGGGCGCCGCCGAGUGCGUCCAGAAGCUGCGCGACGCCGGCUUCACUGUCUGGUGCUUCACGGCGGGCGACAUUGCGCGUGUGGGCGGCUACUUCUCGAGGGGAGGCGUGGACAUGCCGGUGGAGAAUCUGCUGUCGUGCGACUCGUCGGGGCUGGCGAAGCCUACGCCCGAGGCGUAUGCGCCGAUUCUGAAGAAGCUGUCUGAGAACGGCAAGCCUUGGUUUGCGGCUGCGCAUCUUUGGGAUGCGUCAACAGCGAAGACUGUUGGUUUCAACGCUGCCUACUGUGAGGCUUUGGAGGGAGAGGAGCUGCCUGAUAUUUUCGGAAAGAUGGACGUCGUUGCCAAGACGCUGCCUGAGAUGGCGGACAAGAUCAUUGCUACCUUCAACUAA